CCGUAAUCGUCAUUUUUCCAAGAAACCACGUGAUAGGAAAUCCCGACACCAAGCACACAGCGAGGCAAGUUCGAGACGAACAGUUGGGCAGGUGGUGUAAUAUUUAGUGGCCGUGUCAGAGAGUGUGCAUAAAGCAGUGGAAUUAUUGUAACGAUCAUGGAGCAAACUCUGAAGAAGAAGGAUCAGAAACAACUUAACAAAUGGCUAAACGGAAUGAAAGCCUUUGAACUCCUGUACAAGGCCUCCCGUGAUGGUUGCUCCAACACCGUCUUCCACCAGAAGUGCGACAACAAGGGGCCGACAGUCACAGUCUUCUACAACACGUCUGACUGUGUGUUUGGAGGGUACACCUCAGUCAGUUGGGACUCCACUAAUACCUACAAGGUCGACCCCACAGCAUUCCUAUUUCGUUUGUAUUUCAAAGGUUCGAACAGCCCUAAGAAAUACCCAACCACAAAUGGUACCAAUGCAAUUUACGGACACGCCAACGGUGGCCCCACCUUCGGCGCUGGUCAUGACAUUCAUAGUUUCAACGGGACUGUUGCCUUGAGUGGUAGAUCCUUCCCGCUCAAUGGUUCUAUGGCUCCUGGGACAACCUACGUCAUGACGGGCGACAAUGCCGCAACACUUGCAUGUUCCAGUCUCAACUGCUAUGAUGUGGAAGUCUACAGUGUGAAAGAUGGAAGCGUUCUCAAUGAGGACCCAUGGAGACCAGUGACAGAUUCCAAUCCAAAGGUUCUGAAAUCUGAGAUCGAAACAUAUUCCCCCAUCGAUGGGGUGAAGGUAGGACGAGUUAACAUUCUACUGGUGGGGGCGGUAGGAGCCGGUAAAUCAAGCUACUUCAAUACCAUGAACUCAAUCUUCAGAGGUCACGUGACCAGUCAAGCCUGCAGCGGAAGCGCAGAACACAGCCUUACGACGAAUUAUCGGAAGUACAAAGUCCGAUCCUGCGAGACGGGCAAACCCCUGAAGUUCCGACUGUGUGACACCCGAGGCUUGGAGGAAGCACAAGGCCUGGACGCUUCUGAUGUUGUAGCCAUCUUGGAUGGACACCUUCCUGACAAAUAUAUGUUCAACCCAGCUGUGUCUAUUUCACCCGACACUCCAGGAUACAAGAAGUCCCCAGCCACAGAGGACAAGAUACACUGUGUAGCAUUCGUCAUGGAUGGCUGUUCUGUGGAUGUGUUCCCUGACAAGAUUCUGCAGAAUAUUAAAGCUAUACAACAGAAAGCCAACCAGAGAGGUAUACCACAAGUGAUCAUCUUGACCAAGGUGGACAAGGCCUGUCCGUAUGUUGAAGAGGAUCCGGGUACACUGUUCUACAGCUCUGCAGUGAGCGAACUGGUGGAGCAGGUGUCCCAACUCAUUGGGCUGCCCCGUGCCCAUGUUCUGCCUGUGAAGAACUACGAGAAGGAAAUGGAAUUGGUGGAAGACGUGGACGUUCCUGCUCUGAUCAGCCUUCGGCAGAUGCUGAGGUUUGCUGAUGACUAUCUCUACAACUUCCUGGAUGAGGAAGAAGAUUAGAGCUUGAAUCAUAUAAACGUUGGUUUCCAUGUUCCGUCAUUUGUUGCCCUUUGUAUUUCAAGGUUUAAACACAGGUACUUUCUGUUUGACUGGUGAAGACUGUCGUUUUCAGCAUAGAUUUUUCAGAACACAUUAAUAAGAUAUUACAUCCUUGAUGAGGAGAAGGUGAUUAAUAAAUAUGUGUAAUUAUUUAACUCCAUUUAGUUCCCAUGUACCGUUUCUAAUCGACAAAAUGAAUAAUUCCUUACAUUCACAAACGAAGGAGAGACUAUGCUCCAUAGUCAGGUGAACAUAUCCUCCCCACAUACGCACGUAUACAUAUUUGUUUAAAAUUGCAAGGCCAGCCUCCUGGCCCCAGACCUAUCUUCUUGAAGCGGCACUGCAUUGGCAGGACAGCGAUUACAUAUAGUUUAGAUGUUGGAUUAGAACAAAUGUUCAAUGUAAUCAAUACACAGUCUUUUCAUGAUGGACUUCUCUGAGUUUCCACAGAUUCUGGAACCAAGUAUUUAUAAAGCGGCGACUGCUUUAUGUACGCACAUCUACUGUUUGAAUAUGUUUUAGGAUAGAGAUGUUACACUGUUUCAGCUGUAUUUAGUCACAGUGUCUGUAUGAUGGUAUAACGUGAUAUGACAAGUUGAAAUAUCAGCUUUAUAUUUUAUAAUAUUCAAAUAUGUAUACUGGACCUAGUCAGUUCUAUAUUUUCAAACAUUUGAUGACAUGGGCGCUUUGGUUACAGUUGCUGGGAUUCAAGAUAUAUACUCCCGAUUUGAUGUUUUUGCUAAAACAUUAUAGGGUCGAUAAUUUCCAUGCACGUAUUAUUAACUUACAUUCUAUUUUAUAGACAGUUUUACAUUGCAUUAUUUUUUGCUUAGUAAGACCCUGUUAGCAUGACUGGGUAUUUGGUUAUGAAUGAUAUGUUUGAUUAGAUGUAGAUUCACUAACGAACAAUCAGCACAAACCUAAAUGAUCUCUCUUAUCAACAGCAGAUAUCUCAAACGUAAUAGAUAGGUCAUUAUUGGGUCACUUACAUGUAACGAGUAAAGAAUCUUGGAACAGCGACGAUGUUUUGUGCUGAAAACAAUCGUGAUGUUAAGUUGUAUGACAAAAGUCUACAAACAUGACAUGUUAGCUCUUUCUAGACAGCAAAAGAGAACUCCGAUAAAGAAGGAUAGAGAGAGACACAUCUUCCAGACGCAAGAUAGUUAACUGACUAUAAAAGUCCAGUUUUCACCCUUGCCGAACUAGGCUGGAAUUACGGAGUUACAUUGUGGCUGGACUAACGAGUCAAUGCAUAGUCCAAUCAAAAUCGCAAACCGAAAUCUA